AUGCACUUUUCAUUCAGCAGCGAUGCCGGAGGAGCGCGUGAUUGACCGAGAGAAACAUUGCCCCUUCCUGCUUCGAGUCUUCUUUAGCACCGGUGCCCACAACAGAGCGGAUGCGUUCGAAGCGCUGGAUGACAAGCCCAUCGCCAACGAGUUGCACAUCUACACGUGGCCCGACGCGACGCUGCGGGAGAUUGCUGACCUGGUGCAAGACUCGAACGUCGACGCCCAGAAGCCCAACAUGCGUCUGAGCAUCUGUGUUGUAUCGGAGACAAGAGAUGGAAGAGUGCUCAUGAGAAAGGUGGGCUACGUCAACAGCAGUCGUCGUCGAUGCGUUGACGACACCAAAACACUCGCGAGUGUGCGUUUCCAUCCAGGUGAUAUGGUAGAUAUUGCGAUGGUCGAGUAAGGGCAAGUAGCAGUAGGUAGGCAACAAUACAGGCCAACAGGGCGUGUGUCUGAAAGAUAGUAUCUUCCUUCUCAAAUCCGAUAUCAUUUUUGACACUUUGCCA